AAAAAAAGUAGUCUGUAAGACUAUCUUUGUUGUUACCUAAUCAUUGAAAUAAUGGGUUUACUAAAAAAAACAACCGGACUUACGGGUCUUGCGGUGGCUGCAAAUCCACAUCAUACUUUAGGUGCACUUUAUGGUAAAAUUCUUAGAACCUUGCAAAAAAUGCCGGAAACAUCUGUAUACCGAAAAUAUACUGAGCAAAUUGUAAGGGAAAGGGCUGCUGUACUUACACAGACAAAGGAUGUGUAUGAGAUUGAACAAAAGAUCAACUGUGGCCAAGCUGAAGAGUUGAUAAUUCAAGCUGAAAAUGAACUCAAUUUGGCUAGAAAAAUGCUGAACUGGAAGCCAUGGGAGCCUCUUGUUGCCAAGCCACCUAAGGGUCAAUGGGAUUGGCCUCCAGCAAAAUCUUAAAUAAACUUGCACAUAUAUUAUGGAAUUGUUAAUUUGUCAGUUGUUUAGAAAUAAAUUUUAUCUUAUAUUUACCGUACAA